UUUUGCGGUACUGUAGCAAUGAGGGAGUAAACGGAGCUCGCAAGCGACGCGAUGCGCUACAAAAUGAAACUUGUGGUUGUCGGCGAUGCGGGCGUAGGAAAGACGGCGUUGCUGUUCGCUUUCACGUUGGGUUCCGCUCCCGUCUCUUAUGUUCCAACCGUAUUUGACACCCUAAGCAAGGGGAUGACGGUGGACGGAUACACAGUGGACGUUGGUUUGUGGGAUACGGCUGGGCAAGAGGAUUACGACAGAUUGAGGCCGCUGGCGUAUCCUCUAGCUGACGUUUUUCUAGUUUGCUUUUCACUCGUUCGACACCAAUCAUUGAUGAGUUGCCAGGAAAAGUGGAUGCCAGAGUUGCGUCGCUUUUCUCUUGAUGUGCCGGUCAUUCUUGUUGGAAACAAGUGUGAUAUGAGGGCAGACGAAGGGAGCGCCUGUACUCACAUUCCCUGGCAGGAUGGCCACAAGAUGGCACGGCAGCUCGGAUGUGUAGCAUAUUAUGAAACGAGUGCGAUGACUCAGUCAUCAUUGCAGCAAGUCUUCACUAAUGCAGUUCGUGCUGGUUUGUAUUUUUUACUUCGAAAUGAGUCGAUUGGGUGUUUUCCGUGGAAGAGAAUGAGAUCUACAAGCAGAGGUGGUAUGAGUAUUACACUUCAACGGCCUUCUCCACCACUUCCUUCUGACAUUAGUCCACGUCUCUAUGUUAUUGUUACUCCAUCGACUUACGAGAUCGAUCUAAAGCAGAUGAUCAGUAACCCUCUGUGUGCAGAUGUCGAGUUUCAUGUUGCAUCAGAAAUCUUUUCUGCGCAUCGUAUUAUUCUUUGUGCAUCUUCGAUGAUCUUUGCGAAGAUGUUUGGUGUUCAGUUGGAGCUACAUGGAUUAGAUGACUGCAGUAAGGUAGCGCCUUCAUUUCUGACUGUCACUAAGAGGUUACAUCACCAGUAUCCUGCUGUUGAUGUUAUUACUUGCUCUUCUGAAGUGAAACCUGUUGUAUUCUUACGAGUUCUCGAAUACAUUUACAUUGGUUGCUUUCAACUUGAAAGUAUCAAUGCAAAGCUACUAGACGAAGUGGAGUCUCUCGGUGAGACAUUGCACAUCUCUCAGUUGGUACGCUACUGUCGCUACCUCCGAAGCGAAAAUCAAGGUCGAGCUUUUAGAAUUACAACAGCCGUCAGAGAGAGCUUUUCAGACGUGUUACAAAGUCGGUUUGUUAACCGUGUGGCUCUGGCCGACACGUGGUUUGUUGUCAAUGGAGUUGAAAUUCCAGCUCAUGCUCCACUGUUAGUUGGACGAUGUGAUGUCAUGGCCGCCAUGUUGACCAGAAAUGGAUUUCUUGAAAGCAAGACAAGAAGGGUUAGCAUCAAGGAAACAUCAAUUGAGAGUUUUCUCGUUCUGUUGGAGUAUCUCUACACAGACAGAGCUCGUUUAGGUAAAACAGAUCCGAUAGACCUUCUUGCUCUCGCCGAUCGAUUCUGCCUUCCUCGGCUUGUAUCUCUAUGUGAGCUACAUAUAGCCAAAGAGGUGGAAACACUUAUGAGGCGUACGGAUUACGAUUUCAACAUAAUCGGUUUGCUGCUUACGGCUCAAUUCUAUCAUGCAACACAGCUUCGUAUGUGGUGUCUCGACAUGAUAGCAAACAAAUUUGAGACGUUGAAGACAAAGCCAGAAUUCACGUUGGUAGAAGGUGACAACUUGGUGUACAUCGAAGAACACAAGUUUCCACCUCAGGCUUUUCUUGACGAGGAAAGAGAAUACCGGAUAGCUACGAAAGCACUUUCCGGAGAUCGGACAGGAAAAAGGUGUAGUGUUAUGUAAUCAUUGUUUUGUAAGUUUAUCGAUUGUAAACAUUUUGAGACAGUCAAGACAAUUUUUAUUACAAAUUUGUGUUUUAUGAACUUUCAUGGUAGUAAUGUAGUCUCUGAGUGUAGACUCUGAGACUUGAUGCUACAAUUUGACAUUAGCAGUCAUUAAUAAAGUGGAAGUCUUCAUACUGAUAUCAGACUGAA